AAAGGCGAUUGUCGUCAUCGCCGGGACGCUUCUUGACGUCUCUCUGUCGUAGCCGUUUUGACGGUAUGUGGAAAGUAGCAAUGUCGGAGGAGGUUGGGAAGGCGCUACAGUCGGUAGUGGAUCGGGUGAACCAGGCGGCGGCGAGGCGGCCAAAGACACUACCAGCUGUGCCGCCACGCCUCGUCGCUGUCAGCAAGACAAAACCCCCGGACAUGGUCGUGGAGGCCUACAGGCAAGGACAGCGUAACUUUGGAGAGAACUAUGUCAAUGAGCUUGUGGACAAAGCUUCUGAUCCUCUGAUUUUAGCCUCAUGUCCAGAAAUCAAGUGGCACUUUAUCGGCCAUCUACAGAAGAAUAACGUCAACAAGCUCUUGGGUGUGCCGAACCUGUUCCUCGUGGAGACCGUGGACUCAAUGAAACUGGCCGACAGGGUCAACAGCUCGUGGCAGCGUCUCAGAGGAGCCAGCACCCAGAGGUUAAAGGUCAUGCUGCAGAUCAACACCAGCGGAGAACAGAGUAAACAUGGCCUGCCACCAGAGGAGGCGGUGAACACAGUGAAACACAUCGUGUCCCAGUGCUCCGCCCUGCACUUCUCAGGACUCAUGACCAUCGGGCGCCAUGGCUACGACCUCACCCUGGGCCCCAACCCGGACUUUCAGAUGCUGCUGAGUCGGAGGCAGGAGGUGUGUGACAGUCUGAAGCUGCCUCUGGAGGAGGUGGAGCUCAGCAUGGGCAUGUCCACGGACUUUGAACAUGCGAUCGAGGUGGGGGCCACCAACGUGCGAGUGGGUAGUAUUAUAUUCGGCAACAGGGAGUAUCCCAACAGCGCAGCGAACACUCCAAAUCCCAGUCCGGCUCCGAGUCCAGCUCCGAGCCCGGAGAAAUCAUCCAAGGUGGUAUCAGAAGAGGCCGCCAAGAAGAUGCAGCACCUCACCGUGUCUGGACACUGAGAAGAAGUUCUCCUCCUGUGAAAUAUCUUUAAGAAAAAAAAGAAAAGAAAAGCAGUCCUCAUGUGCAAACUGAUCAGAGCAGUGAAGCAGAUCAUUUCCACAGAGCCACGUGGAGCUAGGAUUGCGUCAUUUUAAAGUGUAUUUGCUUAAUCCUCUUCACUUUUUGUGCCCUUCUUGCUCUUUUAAGCAUUAAAAAGUGGCAUUCAGUACAGAACUAGUUCUACCUUUUUUAACAGUAGUGUGUUACUAACCUUUAGUGCUCUGACGUCCUUCUCAUGGAAAUCUCUCCUACAAAGGUUACAGGAUCCAAAACAUGCUGACGUGGAAAAAUGAGAUGCCACCUGAUAGUGAAGGUUUGUUUGUGCUGAUGUGAUCUUUUCUACCUUUCCAACCCAACAUGUGACAGUGCUGAAAUGUGCUUGACUGUGUACAGUGUCCCACAGAUCGGCGGCCCACUCAGUACAAUGUACCGUUUUUGUUGUACAGAUUAAACAAAGACUUGAUUUAAUAAAUCAUCGAUCCCUUUAUAAGGACA